CUUUGCAAGAGGAGCUGAAAGGUGUGCAGCAUGCUUUACCCGUAUCUGCUUUGAUACAUUUUUAAACUUUGAGCACUUUUUUUCCCCGGAUCCUGGAAAUAAGCAGUACACUUCUGGAUGGACAUGAAUUUAAAUCAGAAAUGGACGGGUUGAAGAAUAGUCUGGGGAAGAUUUCAAUAGGAGUCCCUUCUAUGUUCACCUUUGUGCCAGUGGUGCAGCAAUUACCAAUUAAAAGCAUUGUUUCUGAGGAGGACAGACCUGGAGCUCUGACAGGAAAAACAAGCAAGAAUUUUACUGUGUCCCAUGAGAAGACAACUGGGGAGACCAUGUUGCAGAGGGACAUUUUCAAAGUCUUUAUCAAAGACUCCACGGAGGGAGGAUUAGGAAACAAAAUCCAGCCAGGGACAAAACUACGACCUGCACUGGGUCAUAUGAGCACCUCUCAAACCGAAGCCUCUUCUUCAGUCAGUGUUCCCUCUGAAAAUACCACCAACCCCGUCACUGCCACUAUGGAAACAGCUGUUGAUCAACACAGGGAUAUUUCCCAGUGGCAGUAUGGCGGUACCUCUGGACUUGCUGAGGUUAGCUCAGGUUUCUUUGCAAAUAUAGCGUCUGUGUCAGAAGACAGAAUGAGCCCAACCAACUCGGCAGACCUGUUCCCCACCCUGUCUUCAUCCAGAGAGUCCAUCCUCUCCGAGGGCUCGGACAGAGAGAAGAGCUGGUCGGCCAUGGAGCUUUCCUCUCUCACCUCUCCAUUCUGUCUCAGCCGCACUGUAUCUCCCUGCUCAUCUGUCCGCUCGGGCACUUUCACACCUAGUGUCAUUCAGAUAAAGAGACACUUCCUUGCUCCUGGCUCUAGUCUGAUCCACACCCCUUGUUUUUCAUCCUGCGAGAGCCUCUCCUCCUCCGUGGAUCCCCAGUCCCCUCCUCCUCCUCCUCCCCGGCACCGGCCUCCUCUCACCCGACUCUCCCUCCUCACUGCCAUCCUGAGAAAAGGCCGUCUUCCUAUCCUGUCCCCUUCUCUGCAGAGGCCUUACACCCCCUGCUGGCCUAUUAACCCCGUGACCCUGUCUUUCUGUAACGCAUGCUCAGCGGCCUCCAGUGUGGCCUCUAUUCCCCUUGAGUUUUCAUCUCGGUUCUCUUCAUCAGCGUCUAUAGAUAGUCAGAGCCACGUUCACAGGGAGCCUAAUAGAUGCGCCACAGCUCCACCACCUGUGAAGUCGAAUGAGCCCGGCGGAACAUGCUUUCAUACUAAGGCGGAAACAAGCUCUGAGAAAACUAGUAGUGCGCCUAGAUGGCAGCAGGUUAUUUCACCCCCGGGAGUGAAGAGCGUGCUGCCUCGAGCUCCUCCAUUAUUUUGCUCAAAUUUCAAAUCUGUUCCUCCCUUAAAGCAUGAAGACAUAAACCAAAAGCUGCAACACACACACAGGUCUAUUUCCAAGUCGCCUGAGAUGAAACCCAUCAUCACUCAAAUGUACCUCAAGGGCCCUUCAGACCAGAACCUGAAAACACGAAUCUCCCCAUCCCCUAAAGUUAAUAAUGAGCUAGAGACCUAUGCACCCCAGCAAUGGAAUCCUCCACCAAACUCAUCUCCCUCAAAGCUUCACUCGCUCUCUCGACAACUGAGAUCCCCUCCUCUCCUUCAGCCUUCACAAUCACGAUCAUACAGUGUCGAAAUGUUCUGUGACAGAGCAUCACCACCUGCACAAAACACCACAGAUUGGUGUGAGCCAGGAAGAACCUACCCUAAUUCUAAAAGUGCCACAACUUCUUCAAUUAGUUUUCACAGAGCUCACUGUCUGUCUCCUUCCCGCUACACACCCAUUGCUUUUCCUGGAUGGCUGUCACCCACAAGCACCCCCACGCCUACGCCCUCUCCUGCUCCACCAAUCAGAGACUUCACCCCGUCACCUUCUCUCUCCAUGCGCUCCACGCCCUCCCCGAGGCCAGGGAGUGCUAUAUCCGACUGCAGUGACAGGGAGGGUAAAAAAAGAAAGACACACAGAAUUAAGUUAAGCUACAAAUCGCUCGCUGCAAUUCCCUCAAACACCCUUCUGUUGGAUCAACAGGCAAUAAACGAGCAGGUGGAGAGAGAAGAGAGUCCGUGUGACGGGCUGAAUGUGGGAGAUACAAUUGACAGAGGUGUUGCAGACACCCACGCUGAGAUGUGCUCACCCGCUGAGCUCCGGCAGCAGUCCGAGGAACUCUAUGCCGUUAUUGAUGAGAUAUUGGCGGACUCCAUUCCAGCAAGCAAAACAUCCCGGUCAUCGACUAAUAACGUGGGUCUGCAGCAGAACAACUCAUCAUUUACAAAAACCCUGGGACGUGAAACCAAAUAUGCAUCUGUUUGCAGCUUGCACCCAUCAACUGGUGUGAAUAGAAAGCUGAUGAAUCCUAAAAAGACGAAGCCCGGGGUUAUUCGCCCGAUGACGGCGAUCCCAAGACUGACAGUCGAUGAUGAAGAACAUUUUCAUCCAAACCUUUUCAGUCCGUUUGCAGUCAAGCAGACCUCCUCUGCCAACAAAAAGAUGGGAAGAUUGAAUCUUGCAGAUGCAGGAACAGAUUUUUACUCAAGAUCAAAAGGCCAAAAGAGAGGUCCAUUCUCGGUCUGUGAGCUGCAGAUUAAAGAGCCUGAAGACCAGAUGAGUCCACUUGUUAAAGCUGCCUCAACGUCUUUCAGUCCAAGAGAAGGGCGUAUGGAAGCUCACGAGACUCAUAUUUGAACCAUUAUCACUAAAGCACCAAAAGUUUAACAAGCCUUAAACUAAGCUACGCACGUCAUGUUUCCAAAUAUACAGUUAACAUUGAUAAAUGAUUGCAGAUUUACAACUCAAAAUGUGUUUUCUACUUUGUGAAACUGUGGCCUAGUGUCAGACCGAAGUAGACUCCACUUCUAUAUGCAAAAUGGAUUACUGUUCUGCUUUCUGUUCUUAAAGGUCACCUAUUAUUUAAAAUGCACUUUUUCCUGUCUUUUAUACAUCAACAUGUGUCCCCUCUGCGUAAAGAGAUUCUGAAAGUAUCAGGAAAAAAGAUUUGCUCACUUUUUGUCCUGAUCCAUUUAUAUGAAAACCUGUCUGAAAAUGAGCUGAUCAGAUUUUGGCCAAUUUACGAUGUCAUAAUGUUUUUAUGGCUUGUGUAACCAUUAGCCAAUAACCAACCAAGGUAACACCCCCCACCACCUUAUCACUUGAAUCUCCUCGUAGAGCACCAUUGUGUUUUAUAACCACAUAUCUCUCAGAGGGGUGUGGGGAGUGGCUCCUUGUUUUCAUCUAAAGUAACAGACAGAGAAUCAGCACUUUUGAAACAGGGCUGAAACAGAGGGGAUUAUGGGAUGCUACAAUGAUCUGUUUGGUAUUUGGAGCCAAACACUUAAGAGACAUGUUUUGUAUAUAUCUGAGACCUAUGAUAUAUUCAUGAAAAACAGUAUAGUAGGGGACCUUUAAGAUUAGGCAAUUGUUGCUGGUGGACGGCAUGACAAACACUUAUUGGUAAAAAGCUUUAAAUGGCAAAGAGUUUAUGUAGUUAAUUUAUAAUACAAGCUGUUGAAUUCAAAAGCUGUCAAAGUGGUAUCAGCCAUUGUAGAAUAACACAAGUCAUCCAAAUGAUGUAUCUCCUUAACCUCCAAAUAAUUUUUUAUUUUUAAAUGAAUCUUUUUAUCCUGCAGAAAGCUUUAAUUUGUAAUAAAGGACUUUCCUAUCUU